UCACCCUCCCCUGCCAUUUUAUUCACGUUCUUAGGUUGAAAUCUUUACCAACAUGGCAGCCUUAUUAUAUACGGCAUUUACGGUAAAAUGUUCUGUUCAGAAAAAACCCGGUGUUGUCUCCCACAAUUUCAGCCACUCUACCAUUCCAGUAUCCUCUGCUUUCAAGCAGAUACUGGGAUCUCUUCCUCAACUCCCUUUGCAAAUCGAUGUCCCAAAAAGCCUUACCAGCGCAACGGUUAAAAUACUGGACGCUUUUGUGGAUUCAGUAUUUGAGUUCAUUGACCAGCCACUGCUUCCAUCUCAGAGUAACUUUGCUCCUGUGGAGGAGUUGGGAGAGCCCAUUCUUAUCACCGCCAUAGAAGGAGAUAUUCCACAUGAUUUUCCAGAGGGUGUCUAUGUUAGAAAUGGUCCGAAUCCACUAUUUGGAGGAUUGAAAACAACCAAAUCUAUCUUUGGAAGGUCAAGUCACAUUUGGGUAGAAGGAGAAGGAAUGCUUCAUGCUUUGUAUUUUAAGAAAGCAAGUGAUGGUAGCUGGACGGUCAUCUACAAAAACAGAUUUGUAGAGACCGAAACUUACAAGCUUGAGAAACAAAGAAACAAGCCUUCAUUUCUGCCGGCCAUAGAAGGCCAUUCACCUGCCAUUUUGUCUGCAUAUCUCCUAAACUGGUUGAGAUUUGGUAAAGUGAACAAAUACAAUAGCAACACCAACGUGUUUGAGCAUUCAGGGAAGUUUUACUCGGUUGCUGAAAAUCACAUCCCACAAGAGAUUGACAUCUUCACCCUCAAGACCUUAAAAAAUUGGGACAUCAAUGGCGCAUGGAGUCGACCUUUUAUAAGCCACCCAAAGAAAGAUCCAACUACAGGAGUGCUAAUUAUUAUGGGGGUGUCACCAACCAAGCCUUUUGCUACACUUGGAAUCAUUUCCGAUGAUGGAAAGAAAUUGGUUCAUAAAGUGGAUAUCAAAUUGAAUAGGUGCAGUCUUUGCCACGAAAUAGGUGUUACCCAACGGUUCAAUGUGAUCAUGGAUUUUCCGCUAACCUUGGAUCUAAAUAGACUUAUUAGAGGAGGCCCAUUAUUAAAGUAUAACAAGGAAGGAUACGCCAGAAUAGGGGUAAUGCCACGCUAUGGCGAUGCCAACUCAAUCCAGUGGUUUGAGGUGGAACCAAAUUGCACAUUUCACAUCAUCAAUUCUUUCGAGGAUGCCCACGAGGUUGUAGUGUGGGGAUGCAGAGCUCUUGAUUCGGUGGUUCCUUGGGUUGACCCUAGUUUGAAUCAAUUUGAGGCUUUUUCUCAUUGUUAUGAGUGGAGAUUGAAUCCGCAAAGUGGGGAAGUUAAGGAGAAGGAUCUCAGUGGAACGAAAGUACUGAAUAUGGAUUUUCCUAUGAUCAAUGCAAAUUUUGCAGGCAUUCAGAAUCGAUAUGGAUACACUCAAGUGGUUGAUCUUGCAGCUAGCUCCACUGCAGGAGUGCCUAAAUAUGGAGGUCUAGCCAAGCUCUACUUUGAAAAACCAUGCAUGGUUAUAUCUACGAAGGAUAAACAACAUGAAGAGGCUAUAAAGGUGGAAUACCACAUGUUCGAGAAGAAUGUGUUUUGUACAGGAGCAGCUUUUGUCCCUCAAAGUGAUGGCGUUGAAGAAGAUGAUGGUUGGAUCGUCACUUUCAUUCACAACGAAGAUACUGACACAUCUCAAGUACAUAUAAUUGACACAAGAAGGUUUUCAGGAGAGGCAGUUGCCAAAAUUACAAUGCCUCAACGAGUUCCAUAUGGCUUUCACGGAGCUUUCAUGCCAAUCUCAUUGGAAGCUUAAUUUGUCACGCUGUGUUGGUCAUCAGUCCUCUGAACAAAUGCGUGAUAAAUGAUGACGUGUAUAUAUGUUCUGGAAAAUACCUUCAUCUCUCUCUCUCUCUCUCUCUAUUAUUAUUUUGGGUUGGGGGAGGAGCUCCUUUUCCAUGCUGUUCCCAGCGUGUGGUAACUUAUAUUUUGAUUCAUGAGCCAUGUCAUUGCCAGAAAAGAAAUGACAUUGGCAGCAUGACAGAAGCAAAGUUGUUGAAAGGCGUGUGAGUAUUAUAGAUGCAGAGUGAAACAGGCGCAUGUCUUCUGUACAUUUUUUGUGUAUAUUGAAUUGAAUUAGCAUUGAAUCA